GGAAGAGAGGGAGAGGAAGAGGAAGAGAGGGAGAGAGAGAGUAAGAGAGAGAGAGCGAGAGCCACCAGGGACCUGCUGAGCUCCGACAGUGGCUGGUGUUGAGGACUGAACAUGCAGCUUUUGUAGCCUCAGUUGUCAGGGAAGUGGUAUCUGAAGGCCAUGGCUGAAAACCAGGAGUUUCCUAGGAAGAAGUUGGAAGCUGUGACACCCCUGACCUUGACCCUCCUGGAGGGAGGCAACCUGGAACUCAAUUGUGCCAUACUGGUUGAUGGUCAGUGCCAUGAGAUUACACAGAUGUUAAAGAAAACUGAUAAACCAGGAAAGUAUUUAGCUUAUGAAGGCCAUUUUGUAAUGUCAUUCAUUUCAUCACACAUGGAGGAUCACUACAUGCUGUACUGUGAAGGCGUACUCUUAGGGAAACAGUUCAGACAGGCGGAUCUUCUGGGAAGGGAUCCUGAGGAAAACCCAGCAGCUCUGGCAGAGUUCAAGCUGGAUGUCAAGGCCAAGGGUUUUGGCUUGGACAUCUUUGUCCCCAAGCAAAUAGAGACCUGCUCCCUGCAGAGAGAUUAGGGACAAGGACACUGCACUCCUCUGUACCUUCAGGAACCCCUCCUGCAGAGUGUGGAUGAAGCUUGGGGUUCCCCUCCCCCUGUAUCCCUACAUCUAGUCUUUUUACUCUUUCACAUAAAGAAUUUGAGCAACC